AUGAACUUUGAGGACAUGGCCAUUGCCUUCUCUCAGGAGGAGUGGGGGCUACUUGAUGAGGCUCAGAGACAUCUGUACUGUGAUGUGAUGCUGGAAGUGUUUGCACUUGUAUCAUUCGUAGGUCAUUGGCAUAAAAUGGAUGAUGUGGAGGCCUAUUGUGAACACAGUGUAUCUGUAGGAGAGUCUCAGGUCAGGGUUUCCAAGACAGCUGCAGCCACCCAGAGGACCCAUCUGUGUAAGCCGUGCUUCUCAGUGUUAAAAGACAUUUUGCACCUGAGUGAGUUACAAGUGGUUUACUUUGAGAAGAACAUGUUCUUAAGUGAUGCGUGUGUGAGAGACUUGUGUUUCAGUGCAAACCCUCACCAGCAACAGAAGGAUGCCAGUGGAGAGAAGCCCUGGAAAGAAGAUAUGGAGAGUGCCUCGCUUGUGAAAAGUUGCUGCUUCUACUUAUCUGGGGUGCCUGAAGCCAAUAUGGAGGUCGGUGAAGACUCCCCAGCCAUCUCAGGGUUUCUCCGGCACCAGGCCACUCUUAACACUGAGGAGCCACACAGUAACAAUGAGAUUUCACAGGAAUUUCUCAGUGGAAAAAGACAUCACCAGUGGGUUGAAUGUGAAACAGCUUUCAGCCAGAAACAGAAAGUUGCUUAUGAUAAAGGUCUCUGCUCUGGAGAUAGGAUUGAUGAGUAUAAUAAAUGUGGGGAAGUAUGUAGACAAACCUUCAACCACCUUCAACACAGGAGAGUUCACACUACAGAAAAGCCCUACGAGUGUACUGAUGGUGGGAAGGUCUUCAGUGAAAGCAUUGCUCUCAUUAAACACAACAGAGUUCACACUGGAGAAAAGCCAUAUGAGUGUAGUGAAUGUGGGAAGUCCUUCAGUAAAAGGCCUGACCUCACUAUACACCACAGAGUUCACACUGGAGAAAAGCCAUAUGAGUGUAGUGAAUGUGGGAAGUCCUUCAGUCAAAGGUCUGACUUCACUAGACACCACAGAGUUCACACUGGGGAAAAGCCAUAUGAGUGUAGUGAAUGUGGGAAGCAUUUUAAUCAAAGGUGUUACCUCACUAUACACCACAGAGUUCACACUGGAGAGAAGCCAUAUGAGUGUAGUGAAUGUGGGCAGUCCUUCAGUCAAAGGUGUCACCUCACUGUACACCACAGAGUUCACACUGGAGAAAAGCCAUAUGAGUGUAGUGAAUGUGGGCAGUCCUUCAGUCAAAGGUGUCACCUCACUAUACACCACAAAGUUCACACUGGAGAAAAGCCAUAUAAGUGUAGUCAAUGUGAGAAGCAUUUCAGUGAAAGGGCUGCCCUCACUAGACACUACAGACUUCACACUGGAGAAAAGCCAUAUGAGUGUACUGAUUGUGGGAAAUCCUUCAGUCGAAGGUCUUACCUCACUCUACACCACAGAGUUCACACUGGAGAAAAGCCAUAUGAGUGUAGUGAAUGUGGGAAGCAUUUCAGUGAAAGGGUUGCCCUCACUAGACACCACAGAGUUCACACUGGAGAAAAGCCAUAUAAGUGUAGUGAAUGUGAGAAGCAUUUCAGUGAAAGGGCUGCCCUCACUAGACACCACAGAGUUCACACUGGAGAAAAGCCAUAUGAGUGUACUGAUUGUGGGAAAUCCUUCAGUAGAAGGUCUUACCUCACUCUACACCACAGAGUUCACACUGGAGAAAAACCAUAUGAGUUUAGUGAAUGUGGGAAGCAUUUCAGUGAAAGGGUUGCCCUCACUAGACACCACAGAGUUCACACUGGAGAAAAACCAUAA